AUUAGUACUUGUCUUCAAAUAUUAGGGUUUUAAUAUAUUUUUGGUCCCAAGCGUUUUUACAAUCACAUCCGACUUGUGGAGUUUAAGAGAGCUGUGAGAGAUUCUGAGCUUAGUUUUUGUUCGAGUGGGUUCAAGCUUCGAAAGCAAUGAAACACUGUUACAAAGACAUAGAAGAUCAAGCUGAAGACGAUGAGAAAGAACAAAGUAUCGGUCUCGGGGAUGAUGAAGAAGAAGGAGAUGAUGGAGCUAACAGUAUGGAUCUAGAAGGAGAUGUGGAAGAAGAAGAAGAAGAAGAAGAAGAAGAAGAAGAAGAAGAAGAAGAAGAAGAAGAAGAAGAAGAAGAAGAAGAAGAAGAAGAAGAAGAAGAAGAGAAGAAUCAUAUAUGUUCUGAAUGUGGUAAAUGGUUUAAGUCUGGUAAGGCUUUAGGAGGUCAUAAAAGGAUUCAUGUACUCGAAAAUCAGAAACUCUCAAUGGUGAGGCCAAAGAUGAUGUCUGGUGAAACCGAAGUUGAUUGUUGUGUUUGCCAUAAGAAGUUUAUAUCAAUGAAGGCUUUACAUGGACACAUGAGGUUUCAUCCAGACAGGGGAUGGAAAGGAGUUUUGUCUCAUCCACUAGGUAAUUCAUCAUCUUCUACACUCUCUAUUGAUGAUUAUGUAGGUGAGUUUACAAGCUCGGAUUAUGAUGAUGAUGAUGAUGAUGAUGAUGAUGGUUAUGAUAACAUUGAUGCAAAGGAUCAGACUGACGAAUCAAAUUUGAAGGAUAAUAUUGAUGCAAAGGAUCUAUUGCUCUUAGCUACUACUGCGGAAGCUGUUAAUCUAGAUGUUGCAGAGAGUUUUGAUUCACCUUCUGUCGAAGAGAUGAUGAUGAAUAAGAAGAAGAGAAGAUUAUCUGAGAUAAAGAAAGUAUCAUCAUCAUCAUCUACUCAUGAUCACCAUCAGCUUGGGGAUGUUGUUGCUGCUGCUGCAGCUGAGGAAGGUGGUGGUGGUGGUGCACGUGAGAAGCACGUGUGUGUGACUUGCUACAAGUCGUUUACUUCUUAUCAAGCUUUAGGAGGUCAUAGAGCAAGUCACAACAAGGUCAAAAUUUUAGAGAAUCACCAAGCUAGGGCAAACAGUGAUGCUCUAUUACUUGGUACCCAAGCAAUGAUAACCGGUUUACCUAGUGCUCAAGCAUUAAACACAUCUUUAAGCAGUAGUAAUAAUGGAGAUCAUGUUUGCGACAUUUGUCAUAAAAGUUUCCCAACGGGUCAAGCUCUUGGAGGUCAUAAGAGACGCCAUUGGACUGGACCAGUUUCUAGUGAAGCUGCAACCUCUGCUUCAACCGCCCCAGCAGCAGGUUCUUCUAGUCAAGUAACAGAGGCAGUGCAAGAGGUAAAUAAAUUUGAGUUUGACUUGAAUGAGUUGCCACCUAACGAAGAAUAAGGAGUGUUACAAACGUUUAUAUGCAAGUAAGCUUUUUAAUUUUAAAACUGCCCCACAAAAAAAAAAGGGAAAAUAUCUGAAAUUAGGGAGUACUGAUGGUAGAAAAAAGAGUUGCUAACAUUAUAGUCUAAGAAAAGAGAGAUAUAUACUUAUUGGUUUUUGGUUCUAAUUUUAGUUUCUUGGUCUUUGGUUUUUAAUGUAAUUUGGUGGAGUCUUUUGUUAAUUUGAUGAGAGGAUAUAUACCUCUUUUUUAUU